GCAGUUCAAAAUAAAGUAUUUUGGUACCUCUUACAUCUUGAAUCAUUAAGGCCAAAUUUUUUUUUAUAUUUUUUCGUUUUGUUGAUCAAAAUAUAAUCGGUUACAAUUUCAACACUUUUUCUACAGCAAAACAGCAUCAUGUCGGCUCCAGUUCGUGGUAAUAAGGCCUCAAAGCUGAGGUCCGAGGAAAAAGUUGAAAAGCCUGCAUUCAUUGGACCUUCUUGGGCUCUUACUUCCACCCGAGGCAGAGCCUUUAAUCGUGGCUCCGAACCCACCAGUCGCGAUACCAGUCGCAUCCCGACCAUCCUUAGACCCAGAUCAAUCCCGACCAGUCGCAUACCUAUCCGCAGGCUUGCGGGUGACCCGAAGAGAAACACUUCCCCAAUUCGGGCCACUCCCUUGGAGGCAGUAACCAGUGCCAUAACCAGUGCCAGUGCGUGUUCCUUGCCCUUGCUUCUAGCCUCCGAGAAUACAGUGGGCGAUCAUGAACGUAAACCUGAAGUGGACAAGGACUCUGUCAAGCGGACUAAAUGUUUGCCGCGCCCAAGGGCUAAGUCAACGACGGAAGCUGUAUUACAGCCGUCCUCGAGAAAUGAAAAAUCGCAUCACCGGGUAAACGAGUUGAACAAGGUACGAGGCUUGGAGAUGCAGCACAAGAAGCUGGAGAAUUUGCAGUCGAAGUUCAUGCACAAAAUCCGCAUCUUGGCACCCCAAAAGCUUCAAGGAGUCUACAAGUCUGUAGCCGUGGUGGUGAACGAGAAGUGCAAAGUCGUGGUUCACGCCGACGACCUGCACCGAUUGCCCAAGAAUCUGCCAACUGAGAGUGUCCAUGACUUAAAGGUACGCUGUCGUGCCGUGGUCGAUUCGUACUUUAUGUUAUUCUACGAUCAUUUGCAGUUGAUACAGAAGAGCAAGGAUGAACACGAGGCGCGAAACCAACGCGAGAAGAUUCGGAAUAAAUUAGUCUUUGGUGAACCUCAAAAUGAACACCAUUAUCGAGGAAAUUGAUCAGUUGUGUGGUCCAGCUAUCGCGAGAUAGCUCGCUUGCGGUUGGAGAAGAAGCACAUUGAGUCUAAGUUCUUUAACAUCAAGAAGGAGCACUGCGACCAGAUGAACCAAUUGAUAUCGGAGUACGAGGCCAACCUGGCUGACGAGCUGGCCGCAUGCGAUCACACCAUCAGUGAGCUGAAGAAGAGCCUGCGGCGCAGCGAGGAUGUGGUUGAGGAGCUGUCCCAGCUAGUGCCCGAGAAGAGUGCCACGCUGGCCAAUGAGGAUGGAAUCAUUGGAGAAUUGCGAAUCGAAAUGGGCAAGUUUAGAUCACAUUUAGCAAACUGCGAAUGCAUCACCGCCUGGAGGAGGCGCAUGUUGGACCGGACAAAGCCCGACACUUCAUUGAUAAGCAGUUGGCACAGAUCGCCUUCUUGGUGGGCGAACUGAAGGAGGCACGCGAGCUCAUUGUCAAUCUGCAGCAGCGUCAGGAUUUCAUGGACAAGGGUGUCAUAAAGAAGGAUCUGGUAAUUGCCGAUCUCAAGCUGCAGAUGCGAAACCUCGAGGACCAUAAAAACUUUCUCACAUGCAGGUUAACAAUGCCUUGAAGCAGCACGCAGACUUGACGAACUAAACGAAAAAUAUAGAAAUGCUAUGAUGCAGAUAAGUGAACUAAAAGAAGCAUUAAAUAUCAAAUCCAUCCAAUCAAAGACCCAAUUCUCAAGUCGAGGGUCGGUUAAACAAAGAGAUGACCAAAUUGCGGGAGAAGAUCGAUCUCGAUCAGCAGAUGCUCACCGCUCGGAACCACUUGAUAAACAGCCUGCAGAAGACCGAGCAGAAGAACCGAGCCAAACUGGACAAAAUGUACUGUCAAGUUGGCGAGAAAAACAUGCUGAUCAGUCAGGUGAACAACGAGCUGGCCUCGAAGGAGGAGGAGUCGCGCAAACUAUCGGGAUCCUGAGUUUCAAGCAGAGGGAGGUGAGUCGGCAGGAGCAUGUAAUCCAGUUGCUGAAGGAGCAAAUAGCGCGGGGAUCUAUGGCGCUAAAAGAGCAAGAGGUGCGGAUUGUCACUAUGCAAGAAGAGAUUAAACGCCUGAAGCAGACCCUGUAAGUUCACCCAG